GAAUUCAAAGCGGCUCUGGGACUUGACUCCCCGGGAUUACAGCUUUUGUUGCUGGUUCGAGCAGCCAACUCUGAUCAGGACCCAGCUAGUCAUAAGGACAGGGUGCUCGAAGAAUUUGUAGCAAGGUUGCGACCCGAUAUUCGCUGUUAUGUAAAGCUUGAUAAUCCGGCAACAUCUGAGCAAGUUGUCGCGAAAGCCCAAAUGGUCGAGCAACUGCUAGCUGAGGCCACUGCUGACCGUCUCAUUAGGCCCUCGCUACCAACCCAUGCUAUAGAGAGUUCUCACUGUCCUGGCGCGAAUCCAGUGGUCGAAUUCUAG